AUGUUAAAGCCUCGACUCAAAUUGUCCCUUCCAAAAUCCUCUUUCCGUUCUUGCCUCCCCUUCUCUUCCGGAGCGAACAACUACCAGGUCCCGAACAUGGCUUCAAAAGUUAUUCACUUUCUGUCCAGCGAUCCUCGGUGGCCUGAUAAUCCGGAGCUGAAGAAGUUGGUCCCCGGCCUAAGGCCUCCUCAGGUGAAGGAAAUUAUCAGCACCCAUAGGAGUACAGAGGUCGCGUUGAGGUUUUUCUUCUGGAUCUCUAAGAAUCAUUUUUACAAGCAUGAUGUGGCCAGUUAUGUUUCAAUGUUGAAUAGGCUUGUAAAGGACCGAUACUUAAAUAAGGCGGAUGAGGUCAGGAUUGUGAUGAUUAAAGCUUGUCGAAAUGAGGGGGAGCUUAGGAGCGUGAUUGAGUUUCUGAAUGACAUUAGACGAAAAGCUGGUUUCCAGUUCAGUUUCCAUACCUAUAAUGCUCUUCUGACUCAGUUGAACAAGUUUGGUAUGGUUGUUUUAGCUCAAAGCUUGUAUAAUCAGCUUUUGGAAAGUGGAAUGACACCCAGUUUGGUGACGUUUAAUUUGGUGAUUAAUGUACUGUGCAAGAAAGGACUGGUUCAGGAGGCUGAGUUGGUGGUGAACAAGAUUUUGGAGCUUGACAUGUGCCCUGAUGUGUUUACUUAUACUUCUUUGAUCCUCGGACACUGUAGAAACAGAAAUCUGGAUAAAGCCUUUGAAGUUUUCGACACGAUGAUUAAGCAAGGAUGUGAUCCUAAUUCGGUUACAUAUUCAACUCUGGUCAAUGGAUUGUGCAAGGAGGGUAGAUUAGAUGAUGCAAUGGAUAUGCUUGAAGAGAUGAAUGGGAAAAGGAUAGAAUCUUCUGUGCACACAUAUACAGUACCAAUCAGUUCUUUGUGUGAGUAUGGGCGUGUAGAUGACGCCGUUAGGCUUUUUAGAAGUAUGAAGGACAAGGGUUGCUACCCAGAUGUGCACAACUAUACUGCACUUAUUGGUGGUUUGUUUCGUGCUGGCAGAAUGGAAAUUGCAAUUGGACUCUAUCAAAAAAUGUUCAAGGAUGGUUUGGUUCCCAGUGUCGUUACAUAUAACUUAUUGAUCCGUGAACUGUGUGUUGAAGAGAAGUAUGACAUUGCUUUUAAUUUCUUUGCCUGGAUGGAGCGACAUGGUUCCCUGGCUAAUUCACAGACCUAUAAUGCAAUAAUUAAGGGGUUGUGUGCCAGGGAUGAUAUUGAGAAAUCUAUGCUCCUUUUUAACAAAAUGUUGAAGGAUGGCCCUCCACCAACUACCGUGACGUAUAACACGCUCAUUCUUGGGAACCUUAAACAGGGAAAUCAUGACAAUGCUUUGAGGUUACUGGACAUGAUGAAGGACACUGGUUGUGAACCUGAUGCAUGGACUUAUUCAGAGCUCAUUUCAGGUUUUUGCAAAGGAGGAAAAUUGGAGACAGCUGCUUCUCUUUUUGAUGAGAUGGUUAAACGUGGCAUUGGGCCAGGUCAGUGGACUUAUACAGCUCUGAUUGAUGGUUACUGCAAAGAGGGUAAACUGGAUGUUGCUUUGGCAUUGUUAAAGAGAAUGAGAGAAAAUGGUUCUCCUCCAAAUAUUGAAACUUAUAAUGCCAUUAUAAGUGGAUUUUCCAAGCAGAAUCAGUUUUCAGAGGCAGAGAGACUAUGUGCUGAUAUGUCAACUGAAGGCUUGGUACCAAAUGUCAUCACCUACACAUCUUUAAUUGACGGGUUGUGUAGGAAUGGUGCAACCGAUAUGGGAUUCAAGAUUUUUAACGAGAUGGAAAGUCAUGAUUGCAGCCCAAAUUUACAGACGUAUACCUCACUCAUCUAUGGCUUGUGUCAAGAGGGGAGAGCUGAUGAGGCAGAGAGAUUGCUAGAAGAAAUGGAAAGAAAGAGAAUUUAUCCCGAUGAGGUUACAUUCACUGCUCUUAUUGAUGGGUUUGUGAUGCUUGGUAGAAUGGAUAAUGCAUUCUUACUGUUCCUAAGGAUGGUUGACAUGGGUUGCAAACCAAACUUCAGAACUUACUCCGUGUUACUGAAAGGACUGCAAAAGGAAACCCAAUUGUGUGCAGAAAGAGUAGUCGCUCAGAAUGAGGCCGUCUAUCUGCAUGACUCAGUUAGCAGAGUUACCAAUUUUGAUUUGAUUUGUCAUCUCUUAUCUAGAUUAUCAGAGAUAGGAUCUGAACCGACAAUGGAUAUGUACAGUACUCUGAUUAGUGGCUUAUGUAAACACGGCAGAUCCCACGAGGCAAACCAGUUGGUAGAAUACAUGAAAGUGAGGGGUAUGUAUCCUACUAUGGAGAUGUACUCCUCUCUUCUAGUUGCUCACUGUAAGAAUCUUGAAGUAACCCCUGCUUUCCGGAUUUUUAAUUUAGCAAAGCUUGAGGGGUUCAAGCCUCCUCUGUCUGUCUACAAAGUGCUUAUUCAUGCUCUAUGCAUAAUCAAUCGUGUGGAAGAAGCUGAGGAUUUGUUGAAGUCUUUACUGGAAGAACAAAAGUGUGGUGAUCUGAUUGUUUGGACAGUUCUGGUUGAUGGGCUACUGAAAGGAGGGAAAUCAGAACUAUGCAUUAAGUUUCUUCACCUAAUGGAGUCUAGAAAUUACUCACUUAGUUUACAUACAUAUGUUGGUUUGGCAAGAGAACUUUCCAAAGCAGGUAAAUUGAUAGAAAUGGAUCAAGUGCUCAUCAAGCUUGACAGUUUGAAGACAAAGGUUCUGUACUUUCCUUCUGAUGUGGAGCUUUGCAGUUCAGAACUGUUCCGGAGUGAGUUGGUGGAUCAUUCGGCAUCCAUGAAGAAGCGUAAGAGUUGCAGCAGCAGUAGCUUUGGAGGAGCAGUUCACCAUGAAGAACGAGACUUCUGGAUACCACCAAAGAAAGGGAUCGUCGCAGGUGGAGAUCCAGACUGCAAUGGGUGGAGCGACAAGCAGAACGAGUUGUGCUACGACUGUCAGUCGUGCCAGGCGUCCUUUGUGUACAAUAUCAAGCAGCAGUGGAGGAGAGGUUUAUCGGAGUCAGAAAUAGAUUUCCUGAAAAAGGAUAAAAAUCUACAGACGAAGAUAUUGGAGUCGGGAAAUGUUCCAGAAAGUGUCCUUGCACUCGAAAAGAUCAAGAGACCUUUGUAUGAAAAGCAUCCUAUGGCGAAAUUUGCUUGGACAGUUGCCGAGGAUGCUGAUACGGCCGAAUGGUAUAACAAUUGUCUGGAUGCGCUCAAUAAUGUUGAAAAGUUGAACCAAGGGAAAGACACUUCUGAAAUCAUCUUGAACAAAGCUUUGCAGCUUAUGAAAGGAAAAAAUAAAUACAUGAAGCUUCUUUUGGAGAAGGAACUAAAAGCUGGGGACCUUGCUGGAGUUCAACCAGAAUGUCUCACAGAUACCUGGAUCGGGAAGGACAGGUGGGCUUUCAUCGAUCUAUCUGCUGGCCCUUUUGCAUGGGGUCCUGCUGUUGGUGGGGAAGGCGUUCGCACAGAUCUUAGUCUGCCAAAUGUGGAAAAACAAUUGGUGCUGUUACAGUUGUCAGUUUAUACUGUAUCUAAUUUCUCCUGCGUGAUCCAGAAAUUUCUGAAGAUGAAGCUGAAGAUCGCUUGCAAGAAGCAAUCCAGGAAAAGUUUGCUAUAUUUGGUGAUGUAUAAAGAUCACCAGGCAGUUGAUAUCCUUCUUGCUGAAAUUGAUAUCUAUGAGCUUUUUGCUUUCAAGCAUUGUAAAAGAAGAAGAGUUAAGCUAGCACUUUGUGAAGAGCUUGAUGAGAGAAUGAGGGACUUGAAAAAUGAACUUCAGUCCUUAGAAGGUGAAGAAAAUGAUGAGAGUCAUAAGAAGAAGGCCAUGGAGGCAUUGAAACGAAUGGAAAACUGGAAUCUUUUCACCGACACCCAGGAGGAUUUCCAGAACUACACUGUUGCACGAGAUACCUUUCUUGCACAUUUAGGUUCAACUCUUUGGGGGUCAAUGCGCCACAUAAUCUCACCUUCGAUUGCUGAUGGUGCAUUCCAUCACUAUGAGAAGAUAUCAUUUCAGUUGUUCUUUAUAACACAAGAGAAAGUUAGGACUAUUAAACAACUACCCGUGGAUCUCAAAGCUAUCAUGGAUGGGCUUUCAUCUUUGUUAUUACCUUCGCAGAAACCUAUCUUCAGCCCAAAUUUGUUAUCGCUUUCAGAGGAUCCUGCUUUAGCCAUGGCUUUUUCAGUGGGACGACGAGCUGCAGCUGUCCCACUCUUGCUUGUGAAUGGAACUUAUAGGAAAACCAUUCGGACAUAUCUUGACUCCUCCAUUCUUCAGUAUCAGUUACAGAAGUUGAAUGACCAUGGUUCUCUAAAAGGAGCACAUGCCCAUACCAGAUCCACACUUGAAGUUCCCAUCUUUUGGUUUAUUCAUGGAGAGCCAUUAUUAGUUGACAAGCACUAUCAGGCAAAAGCGCUUUCUGACAUGAUUGUUGUUGUUCAGUCCGAGCAAUCAUCAUGGGAAAGUCAUCUCCAGUGUAAUGGGCAAUCACUACUGUGGGACUUGAGGAGACCCAUAAAAGCUGCUCUGGCUGCUGUUUCAGAACAUCUAGCCGGCUUACUUCCGCUUCAUCUGGUCUACAGCCAUGCACAUGAAACUGCAAUUGAGGACUGGAUAUGGUCAGCUGGAUGCAAUCCAUUCUCCAUUACAUCUCAAGGCUGGGACAUCUCACAGUUCCAUUUGGAUACAAUUGCGCGGAGUUAUAUAAUCACCACGCUUGAGGAGUCUCUACAGCUAGUCAAUUCUGCUAUACGUAGUCUACUCAUGGAAAGGACAUCUAAAAGUACGUACAAGCUUUUCCAUUCUGAAGAGAAAGAACUUGUGAACAAGUAUAACUAUGUUGUCAGUUUGUGGAGAAGGAUUGCAACUGUUACCGGAGAACUGCGUUAUGUGGAUGCCAUGAGACUUCUUCUUACCUUAGAGGAUGCAACUAAAGUGUUUUCUGAGCAAGUGAAUGCAACCGAUGCUCUUCUGCAUCCGAUUCACUGCGCAACAGAGCGGAAAGUGCAUGUGGUUUUCGACAUGACAACAAUUCCUGCUUUUCUGAUCGUUGCUGGUCUUCUAUAUGUUGUGUUGAAGCCAGGACGGGCGAAGCCCAAGAUUAAUUAGUGGAAAGACUAAGGGUGUCCACGCCUUCUUAAAAAAUCAUCCUGGGAUGGAGAUCGUUAGUUCGAAUUGGACACAUCUAUCCCUAACACACAGGUUUCACCGAAUACACACCUUAGAUCAUUUUCGGUUGAAUACUACCACUGUUGAGGCUGGUGGUUAAAAUUUAUCUCUUUUCCUUUUCAUUUUGUGGGUGAAAUAGGAUUUUCAAGAACGUAGCCUGAAGUUAGAUGAUGUAACAAGACUGCACUUGCUAUGCUUGUAAGUGCUGUUGUAAGUACAAAGAGCCUGAGUUGUAUCAUUUUGGCCAUACAUUUUGGAACAGAGUAGUUUCUGUCUUUCUGAUGAUGUAUUGAGCAGCCUGGGAAAGUUUUGCAGCUUAGAAGUUUCUGUUUGCAUCAUUCAGUUUGUUAGAUGUGUAGCCAUAGGGUUUUCUAAUCUAUCGUCUUUAAGGUGUCCCAGUAAUUCGGAUUCAAAGUGUUGCAAUGACAAUGCUCUCCUCCUCGAGGCC